AUUAUGCUUGAUGUAGUUUUCCUAUUGACCGUUCCUAGGCGUAGAGGGCAGAGCAAAACCUCUGAUUUUUCACACAGUUGGUAAUUCAGAACAUAUGACACCGAGCCCCAUAAGCUUGCAAUGUCUAUCCUAUACCUCGUCUGUGGUGUAACUCAUCAUUCGUAAAGCAUGAUUGAAUCUGUUAAUGCAUGAGCUUUCUAUUUGUGGGCGCUGUCAUCGAUAGAUUCAAGAUGGCCAUGGUGCAUUAUAGAAGAGAAAAUUCGAAACAUUUGGGAAUUUUUAAUGGUAUAUAAUUGUAAACUCGUUACAACGAAUUGGUUUCAGUUUUGGUGCUUAAAACAAUCAUUCUUCUCACGUACGCUGAGAACGCCACGUAAAAAGGUCAAAAGCCAAAAUGACAUUUUUCAAAGCAAGCUGAUUAAGCGAAGAAUCUCCGAUGUCAGCGGGGAAGAUGAUUUCCUUAGUUUUGUGGCGAUUUCGCCAGUGAUUGAAGUGAAUUAACUGAUUUAUUAUUUGAAUGUCAAGUAUGACACCUCCUUUAAAUCGAAAACGUAGCUCGUCUGUUAGUUUUACAAGAGCUAAAGAUGAUAGCGAAGGUGCUGCAGAUGAAAUUCAUAUAUCUCUAGCACCGUAUAUACAAACAUAUUUGGCACAUAGCGGUCAAGGUCUAGGAUGUUGUGGAAUUAGCCUUCCAGUACCAUUUGAACGAGCAGCUCCAAGAUCUUGGUGGAAUCCAAAAUUUGAUUCAGAAAUACUUGAAGAACAAUUUAAAAGAAGUGCCUUUCCACAAAUUAGAUUAAGAUUUCGAUAUGCCUUGACAUAUAUUUUAUUGGUUUCUUUAUCAUGGUUGGCAUAUUUUAUUGUAAUUGGAACAGAAUAUAAUACUACAACAUGGCCAAUCAUAACAGUAGUAUUUACAAUUAUUGGUGCAAUGGUUUCAGCAGUCUUAUACUUAACGCAUACAGACUAUUAUAGAACCUAUGUGUUACAAAUUUCGCUAGGAGUUGCAUCUAUGCUUUGUAUCUUAUCAUUACUUUUUCUUGCAAUAGUACCACCUUACAUAGAUGGCUUAACUCUAGUCGGACAUUUUGCAUUGUGCUCGGAGAUUUUAUUAUUGAUUUACACUGUAUUACCGAUGCCAUUGUAUGUUUGUGUGGGUAUAUCUACAGUUUACUCCUUCUUAUUUGAAUUUUUGACUGCCUACUUAUAUGGUACAAAAACUGCAAGGGAGAAGUUUUUUAGCGAUUAUAGUUUAUCAGUUAAUUCUACGGGAAAUAAUUCUGUACUAGAUUAUACCAAAAUAUUGAGGAAUUUCAGCGACAGUCAAUUUUCAAAUGUGAUGCGUAAUGACAACGAAUAUGCAAGAGCAAACACGAAAACAGUACCGUUGUUUCAACAUUCAGAACUGUUAUCUGUGCUUGAACCGAAGUUGCCUACCCAAGCUGUAAUCGGAAAAUUGUCUGAAGCUUUAAACAAUACAAGUGUUUUAAAGAAUUUGAAUUCCAGCAUAAUAUCAACAUUAGCUAAUAUUAAUUCUACUAUAAAUGCUUCUUCUAAUGACUUAAUUUCCAAAGGUGCAAACAGUACAACCUCAGUAUUGAGAGAAAAUAUAAUGCCCCAUAAAAGUGAUGAAAUGUCAAGUUAUUUUUUAAGUAGCAACAUAUCCAGUCGUUCAUUCUCAGAUGAUAAUUAUUUUUCUACAAGUCUCGGAAUAAGAAUCCUGAUGCAAGUUUGCAUUCAUUUGAUAGGAAUACAUAUUUUAAUAAUGACUUUUGUAAGAAUGCGCGGUACAUUUAUGAAAGUUGGUCAAUCGCUAUUAGUUCGCCGUCAACUAGAAAUGGAGAAGCAACUUAAAGAAAAAAUGAUUCACUCGGUAAUGCCACCGAAAGUCGCAGACUGGUUAAUGGAAGAAAGUGAGCGGGAAAGGGAGCGUGAAGAUUCUCUGAAGAAAGGGUCUAUACCGUCCAAUAAUACAGAUAUACGUUCACUAUUUCGUCCUUUCAAUAUGCAUUCGAUGGAAAAUGUUAGUAUUUUAUUUGCUGAUAUUGUUGGGUUUACUCGAAUGAGUUCCAAUAAAAGUGCAGAAGAAUUGGUAGGCAUUUUAAACGAUCUGUUUGAGAGAUUCGAUGAUUUGUGUGAACAUCACGGGUGUGAGAAAAUUUCAACGUUAGGGGAUUGUUAUUAUUGCGUAAGCGGAUGCCCAGAACCAAGACCUGAUCAUGCGAAAUGCUGUAUCGAAAUGGGAUUAGCUAUGAUAGAAGCUAUAAAACAGUUUGAUAUAGAAAGAAGAGAAGGUGUUAACAUGAGGGUAGGGGUACACACUGGGACUGUCUUAUGUGGAAUUGUAGGUACUAAAAGAUUUAAAUUCGAUGUUUGGUCUAAUGAUGUGACAUUGGCAAAUAAGUUAGAAAGCACUGGAAAACCAGGAAGAGUUCAUUUAAGUGAAAACACAUUGAGUUUUUUGAAUGAUCAAUACAUUACAGAAGAAGGGGAUCUGAUAAAUGGUAUAAAAACCUACUUUAUCAAAGGGCGAAAAUCAGAUUUCACCAGUCAAUUCAUAACUAACAUUGUGUCCCCAAAGAGUAUAUCUCCUUUGAUGCAAUCACGUCAUCGCGUGGCCUCUUGCAAUAGUCAAUCUAAAUCAAAAUAUCAUUAUCUCCAUAUGGUUACUAACACAAAUAGUUAUAGAAUGAAAGCAAAUUCUCUACCGAGUAUCUUAGACUCUGAAAAUGGAGAUACCGAUACUGGAGAUGGGAAAGAAAAUGCGAAUAAAAGUCCUAUAUCCGUUGCUAGUUACGGAAAGAAAAAAGUACGGAAUAAACCGUGGAAAUACUUACAAAGACAACGGACUACAGAAGAAAUGACCCCGUUAGAAAUGGAGGAAGCCAAAGCCAUUAUUGCUGAACGAUCGAAAAUUGAAUCUCAAUCAUACGAAGAUCGUAAUGGAUUUAGGCAGAAUACGUCUCAGAAUGACAUUGAAAUGGAUCCAAACCCUGUACCUUCUAGUCCUUUAUUAUCUGGUCAAGAGCCACUCAGUCGUGCCUCUUCAAUGUGUAGUAGAAAAGACUCUGGAAUCAGAAGUAAUAGUAGACGCAGCAGUAUACAACAACAGUUAUUUUUGAUGAAUGGUAUGGCUCAGGGAGACUUAUUGGCACAUAGAGUGAGUGGCUAUUAUACUUCUAGUUCAACGUUGAACUCUGUUCAUGAGCCAUCGUCCUCGGUACCACCCUAUCCGUUUCCUCCAGCAGUUACGGAUACUUUUGGUGCAUGUUUUCAUAAGUUAAGAAAGCAAUCUGAUCUACAAUUAAUCAGAUGCGUUCAAGAUAACGUGAGUUCUCAACGAUCAUAUUUUGUGAAACCACCACUUUCAAGCGUGACACUUUUCUUCAAAAAUAAGGAAAUGGAAAAGGAAUAUAGAGAAAAUGCUCAUAAAGUCAACGAAUGUAUCAGUGGUAAUCCACCCACUCUGGCUACCUCGAGGUUCAAUACGUAUUUUGAUAUUUUAAUAUCGGCGUUGGUCUACACUGCCGUCUCGAUUUCGCUGUUUUUACUUUGCGAGCCGACAUUAUACUACAUGAUUUUCUUAGUAUGUGCCACUGCGAUUCAGAUUAUAGCGGUGUCACUUUGUGUCCGUCAGCUUUUAUAUCCGAAUAUGGUUCAUUCGACACUAAUACAAGAAAUAUUUCAAUUCUUUUCACAAUGGUAUCCCUGGCAUAUCUGCGGCGCGAUUUUAGUUGGUUUACCGAGUACGUCUAUCCUGCUCAAUUACACGUGCAGCAAUUUUCAUAAUUUGAAUAAUUUCGAAUAUUAUUACGGUUACUUGAUUUUCGUUGGCCUAGUUCAUUUUUGCAAUUUCACACAACUCAAUUGUUGGAUGAAGAAUUUCUUAGUAACCUUUAUGGGUAUGUUGUUUCUUUUUCUUGUAGUGGCUCACGUAUCGCAUAGUCAAGAGAAUCUCGGUAAUCAAUUUGCUAACGACUCGAUGCAUUAUCUAAAUUUUUUGCAAAAUCAACAAGUCGCUAAUUUAAGUAUAAAUCUAAUCAGCGAGACUACUGCGAAAGAAGGAUUUGACAAUACUCUUGUUCAUGAAUCUAGACUCACCCUCAUGAGACAACGAGAAGCGGAAACGAAAUACAACGAAAGAUUGUACAACUCUGAAAUUUUUUUAGAUAUGAUACUACUGCUAUUACUAGUUUGGUUUUUAAAUCGCGAAUUUGAGAUCAGUUAUCGGUUGAGCUUUCACGGGAAUGCCGUAGCAGCACGAGAUAAAAGUCGUGUACAAUCGAUGAAGAACCAAGCUGAUUGGCUUUUGCACAAUAUUAUACCGAAAUAUGUUGCCGAUCAAUUGAAAACGACCGCGAAAUAUUCGCAAAAUCACAAGACCGUAGGAAUUAUCUUUGCGAGUAUAGUGAACUUCAAUGAACUUUAUGAUGAGUCAUAUUUAGGUGGUAAAGAGUAUUUACGUGUGCUCAACGAACUCAUUGGUGACUUUGAUGAGCUUUUAGAAAAGCAAGAAUUCUCGAACGUGGAGAAGAUUAAAACCAUCGGUAGCACAUUUAUGGCAGCAAGCGGCUUAAAUCCGCAAGUUAGGCAACAAAGUGACCACGAGCACACGCAUAUUUUUCAAUUGGUAGACUUUGCUAUGGCGAUGCAUAAAGUAAUAUAUGACUUUAACAAAGAUUUGUUAGGCUUUAAACUAAUUUUGAGAAUCGGUUUUAAUUACGGCGAUGUUACUGCCGGCGUAAUCGGAGCUACCAAGUUGUAUUAUGACAUUUGGGGUGACGCUGUAAACAUAGCGUCCAGAAUGGAUUCUACCGGAGUCGCUGGAAGGAUACAGGUAGCCAAGAACUCAUUGGACGUCCUUUCAGAACGAUAUGAAUUUGAACCGCGUGGCCAAGUUUAUGUUAAAGGAAAAGAUAAUAUGGAUGUGUUUUUAUUAGUAGGAAAGAAGAACGAUAUUAAUGCAACGACGAGUGCUUAAAAGUAAAUCUCGAACGCCUAACGAUCAAAUCAAAACGAUUUGUCUACGAAUUUUUCAAUAUUCACGUUACACUUCACGUACACCGAGCGUACGAUCUUUUCCGGUCAUACUUCUAAUGAUAUUUCGAUCUCGUAAUAAAUUGUAUAAAUUCGCGGUGAACCGUCAAUCUUACAAGCGAAUAACGUAAGAAGUACCUUGCUCUUCGAUUGCUCGCUCAUUAAAGAUAUUUAUUUCUAAUGAAAUGUUCGCUGUAGUUUCUUUUUUUUCUGUAAUUUAAGAGCAUAUGAUGGGAAACCUACCAAAACCUACCUUUGUAAAGUACAAAAUCCGAUUCGUUUUCAAAUUAAGACAAAAUUUCCUUUGUAUAUUGCUUUGAAUAUAAUCUACGCGAGACAUUUAUUCAGAUAAAUAGUACGCAUCUUUGUUGUUUGUGUGUUAUCUGUAUGAACGAACGACGCGAAUGAACGAAUGAACGAAUACAUGAUCAACGUAAUGGUCAUCGUCGACAGUUCCUAGUAAACGUGUGACUUAUUCAAUAACGAUUAGUUAUCUCGUUAUGAAGUAUCAGUCUUAUAUUUUCUUCUCUUUAUUCCUCCAAUUUCGAUGAGAUUAUAUAGUUCAUUUGUUUCUAUCAGCGCGAAUAAUUGAUCAGAAAAUUAGUUGCACUGAAAACUGGAUUUGGAAAAGAGUCAAGUCGCUUAUGAAGUGUCAACAAAGUGUCAUAACAAAGUACCUCGAGUUUCAUGCAGAGAUUUUACGAUUAGUGAGAUCGAAGAUUUUUAUUUAAUCUAAUAUGCAUACCUAUUAUUGAUUAUUAUAAGGGAUUUAGAGUUCUUUAUAAGCCUAGGUUUAAUUUUGAAAAAAAUGCGCAGGGAAGUGAAAUAUCAACGUUCACCUUAUAGUCCAUCUUUCAAUAAUGCAUAAAAUUCAAUGAUUUUUAAGAACUAUAGAUUUCUGGUAAUAGAAGAACAUUCUUAUAUACUUAUUCAAUUAUUAAAUUUUAUAUACGCCAAUCAAGCGAAUGCAAUUCUGAAUCGCUUUUUAUUGAUUUUUUAUAUAGUUGAGAUUAAACCACAAAGAAACCUGUUUUAAGGUUGCUACAAUUCUCAAAAAUAUAAUACCUUAGUAAUUUCAUGUGAACAUAGCAUUCUAUUCCAGUUAAACAACGAUAGAAAUAAAUUAUUGAAAUCCUUUUGUAACAGUGUUUCAGGAUUUACAUCAGAUUGCCAUGUUAUUAAUAAAGGCGUGUUUCAUAAAUUAGCAUUCCAUCAUAUUUUUUUACCUAACGAUUAUUUUUUCUGAAGUAUUAAAAGGGAUGUAUGAGAAAUGAUAUUUGAAACGAAACCAAAAUCCCUUUUGUUAUUGUAACUGCAAGUGUAUUGCAACAGUUAUCUAUAAGGGUAAAUAAAACCCCCUCCAUAUUUUUGAUUCUAUUUGUACUUUAACGAAAUAAGUAUGGGUUUCAUAAUUUUUAUGAAUGUAUAUUUAUAUUAGGGAAAAUAAAUCUGCUUAGUACCUAAUACUAUAGUCAAUUUAACUAUUUUAUAAAAUCUUAAAUCGAUAAAGAUUUUUAUUUUGUCAUACAAAUUUUAGUACUAUUUUGUGGCAAAAUAUAACUCUUUGUAAAUUUUUAUUUUAAAUAAAUGUAACUUUCAAUAUAAUAGGUAGAUUAACUGUAUCUAACGUACUUUAAUAUUGAGUAUUGAUACUUGUAAUUUUUCAAAUACAUCAACAUAUCUAAUAAAAAUUAUCAUAAUUUUUAAAUCUCUGUAUACUCAUUACUGUAAUUAUUUUUUGUUAAACAUUUUAUCGUGAUCAAUUCCUACAUUAUUUCUGUCACUUAAAUUCUAUUUGCGCUGAUUGUCGCAUAUUUAGUGACCAAUUAGUAAUAUCCAUGAUUUCAUAUGUAAUACUGUCACUAUUAAAUACACGAUGGCGAUCGUAUUACAAAGUGUUAAUCGAAACUUCGUGCGAUAGUUAAGAUACUAGUUUCUACACUAAUAAAACUAAUUAAAAAUAACUCGAAAAAGAGUAAUAACUAAAUAAGAAAAUAUCACUUUUUCAAUGAAUAGUUAACAUUGAACAAUGUUAGUAAAUGGAAUGCUACAUUCUCACCAACCGCAAAUAAAAUCUGCAUUUAAUGAAAUAAUUCAAUACGUAAAGAAUGUUCUUUGAAUUUUUUCAAAUAGCAUAAACCCCUAAAUGAAACAUUUAGAACACGAAUAUUGAUUUGAGAUAUUAUAUUAUAACAGCGCUUUUAAAAAGUGCCAAAAAAUGUACACAUUUUACUUGUUCGAGAACAAUUAUAAAUGAUUUGCAUAUAAAUUUUUAUACCAAAUUGUAAAAAUUGUUUUAUAUAAAUCAACAACCUCUGUAUUAUAUUAUAGCGAAAUAUUGUUUACAAAACUGUUCUACAGAUUG